UCCCGUUUAAGGAAUUUCCGGUUUACUUCCGGAGAAUCCUACCUGCCUUUCUCUUUCUCUCCAGAAAGGAGGGGAAGAAAACAGAAUAGGCGGCUGGCCUCGGAAAGCGGGUGGGCCUCGACCCCUCAGCCGCUCCUGAAUUCUACGCCCUCGUCGGAGUAAGUUAAAACAACCUUCGCGCAGGUUGUAGCCCGGAGCGGACGAGAUGAAGAGAGCACUUCUUGGGCUUCUUUUUGACCAAGCGGGAAUCCUGCUGGGUCUCCCUUUUCAAGCGAGCGGACUGUUGGGCCUGGAGGGCUUUUGAGAGAAAAGGUAGAAGAAUACAUGUUCAUUUAUAGCACAGAAGAGCAUGUUCCCAAAUUCUUCCACUUUGAGUCGUCCACCUUUUCCACUAGAACACCAACGAUAUAAUCUCUUCGUUAAUCUUCCAGUGAACGUACCUCCAGUUGUCUUUCAUCAGCCACUUCAGAGAGCAACAACUCUUGUGAAUGGUACUCUUUCAACCAUCCCUCCUAUUUCACCACCACGCUUUGCCUGCCAAAAUGAUAAUCCAUCGCAUGGAUCACCUACACCUAUGUUAUUCCGGCGCAGAAAGAGGUUGAAAGAAGAGGAUGUUCCUUACGAAGUAAAGCGUCAGCGAUUUCAUUCACCUCAUCGUGAAUUAACUUCCGCUAACCAAUUAGUGCCUUUAAUAGAAGAUCAUAGAUAUUCAUUCCCUGGAUCAAUUUCUUCGCCAUUAUUUCAAGCACAUUACAUCUCAGAUUUAACAGGAUGUGUGCCACCUUUACAAGAACCUUCCUUUAAUAAUGCUAUAGAAGCUACACUUCCUGUAGCCAAAGAUAAGUUAAGUCAGCAAGUUCUGGAGUUAUUUCAAGCAUGUCAACAACAAACCUAUGACUUGAACAAAAAAGAGCUUUGCCGUACUCAGCUCCAAAGGGAAAUUCAGCAGAUCUUUCCAAAUAGUAGGCUCUUUUUGGUUGGAUCUUCACUGAAUGGAUUUGGUACUCGUAGCAGUGAUGGUGAUUUGUGCCUAGUGGUUAAAGAGGAGCCAAUGAAUCAGAAGACUGAAGCAAGACACAUACUCAGCGUACUCCAAAAACACUUCUGUAGGAAGCUUUCAAGUUACAUUGAGAGACCUCAACUGAUCCGAGCAAAAGUGCCAAUAGUAAAGUUCAGGGAUAAAGUCAGCUGUAUGGAUUUUGACUUGAAUGUAAACAAUGUUGCAGGAAUAAGAAAUACAUUCCUUCUGAGAACCUAUGCAUACAUUGAGAACCGAGUACGUCCAUUAGCGCUGGUUGUAAAGAAAUGGGCAAGCUUUCAUGGUAUAAAUGAUGCCAGCCGAGGCACUUUAAACAGCUAUAGUCUUGUGUUGAUGGUUUUGCACUAUUUACAAACCCUACCUGAACCUAUCCUUCCAUCCCUCCAAAAAAAUUACCCAGACUUUUUUGUUGCAAGGUGCCUGGAAAUGACCAGAUGCCAGAGCACCUGGGAGCAAACCACAGAGGAAGCAGAAUCAAAGGAAUCUUUUGAUCCUACUAUGCAGCUGCAUCUUGUGCAUCGAGCACCAUGCACCAUCCCUCCUUACAUUUCAAAAAACCAAUCUACACUUGGAGAUCUGUUGCUAGGCUUCCUGAAAUACUACGCUACAGAAUUUGAUUGGAACAAUCAGAUGAUUUCAGUUCGUGAAGGCAAAGCUAUUCCAAGACCGGAUGGUAUUGAAUGGAGAAACAAAUUCAUUUGCAUAGAAGAACCUUUUGAUAGAACAAAUACUGCUAGAGCAGUACAUGAAAAACAGAAGUUUGAUGUUAUCAUAGAUGAAUUUCAAAAGUCAUGGCAAAGACUGAGAGACAGGAAGGAUUUGAACUGUAUACUACCUGUAAGAGGAAUUAUACAAAAAAGAUGAUUGGUCUCACUAACUGGACUUUUCUGAAAUACAGCAUAUAAAUACAUGAAAUGCCCGGGAUGUGAUUUUUCUCCCUUCCCUGCUGCACUUUUUUUAAGAAGAUAUUUUUCUUUCAGGUUUUUGGUAGGAAAAUUUUUUGUAAGAAUUCAAAGAAGAUUGCAACCUUUAUGACAUUAAAUCAAUUUGAACACUGGCUUCUGGAAUUAUUAAAUCAGUGACCAAUAAAGAAACUACUGCUGUAAUACGAAUUUUGCAAAAUCUGUUGCAGUUUGAUUUCAUGUUACUAUGUAUUGUAGUAGUUUAUGCAUCCACACUAAAUACUGAAACAGAAAGAUGAAUGUAUGACAGCCAGCAGUGAUAAUAAAAAAUAUAAUGGUGUACUUUUCCAUAAGAGUAAGAAGUACAAGCCAGUAGGCUCUGCUUUACAACUGCUAAUUAUAAUAUGCACUUUAGCUCAUUCCCAUUUUAAUACCAUAGUAAUAACACCAGCUUUUAAGCAAUAUUAACAACUUGGUCCUGAUUAUUCUUAUCGUUCCAGGCUGAUUCUCACUGAAAUCAUGACUUGUAUCUGGCCUAUGCUAAUUGCAUACAAGAAUCUAUUUUAUUAGAUGCUGCUCUAUACAAGAACAAAAAUCUUCACAAAGCAAAGUAAAUAUUGAGAAAAUAUAUUUUUUUAUUUUGAUUUGAUUUGAUAUUUCCCAAAUAUGCAGAAUUUUAUCACUGGAAACAUUCAGUAACAGGAGGCCCUAGCUGUUGUCUGAAUUAGUAGAUCCCAAAUAUGCAAUUACUGUCGUUUUGAAGAAUGUCUAUCUAUGGAACCUUAGUUGAAAUUUUAUAACUAGGAGUUUAGUAAUAUUUAGGCUGUAGUGUCAGAUUACUAUAUUCUAGUGGUCGUGUACAGUAGUGCCUUCCUGAGGGAGUAAAAAGAAAAAAAGGCCUAGGUACUGCAGAUCUGAAAUUUUUGUCCUUUUUCUUUUUACAAAAGGAAGUAGCAGGAGUUUGUUGCUCUUUUCAGACCAGAGGUAGCUUUAAACUAUUAUGAAGCAGAUGGAAAGCAAGCACAAUCAAGAGUGAUGGUCCCCUUAAUUGCACUUCUAAUAUAAUAUGAAAAAAUGAAAACCUGCAAAGGUUGUACUGCUGCCUGUACAUCUAUAUAAAAUCCUCGCAUCACAAUAAAUGUAAGAAGUGUCCUCUGCAUUUCUCAUAUGCUUUGCUCCAAGAUGUGGAUCUGCUCUCAGUGAGGCUCUCAACAUUUUCUUUCUGUAUCAAUAAUGUACUGAUGAUUGCUAAUCGUUAACUGCUACAAUAAAGUUUUUUUAAAAAAUUUUGUUUCUAUGUAAAUAUUAGAACAGCUAUAUAACUUGGGAUUUAAAACAAAUCUUAAAUUUUAACUUUUUUUUCUAAAAAAAGUUUGGGACUUCUUUUAGAUCUGCUGUAGCACAAUUUGUGCCUCUUAUAUUUAUUGCAGACCAAGUAAUAUGUUAAGGAAUAAUUACUUUUCAUUGGUGUCAACCUUGCUUUUUUUUUUUUUUUGAAGUUUAAACAUUUUAUUGUGUUAAGUGGAAUAAAGUUUCUCUGUUGAAAAUAAA